AUGAUUUAUGUAAUUACUGACAUUCAUUUCGGUCAGUCGACGAAAAUUUUCAGUUUGAUUCCUAAAGUAGUCUCGGAACAGACUAUGGAAAAGUUGUCGUCUGACAUUUUGGAAGAUGACUUCAUCAAAAUAUUUGAACCAAUCCACUGGGUACAGUAUUUAGCGGGUUUCCAUCGGGUCAAAAUAGAACAUAAAUACGUUACCGCUCCAUCUCUAUACUAUCAGAUCUACAGCUCUGUUCUAUGGGCACUUAAUAUCAUAGCUGCCGUUUACUUUGAGUUGUACUGCGAGAUCAAACUUGAAGGCAUUUCAAACGAAUAUACUUUGCGAAUUUGCGAGUUUAUCUUCGUAAUGAGCAAUGCCAUUAUUGCCUUUCGAAAUAACUUCUGCGACGGUACUUUGAAUAGCCAAAUCUACGUAAAAUUGCAGAAAAUUGACCGUGUAGUCAAAAUGCCCGCAGCUGUAAACAGUAAUCGGAAAAUGUAUUUACUUUCUGCUUUAUUAGCUGUUGUUAUCCCCGUCUGUUGGUGUAUAUGCGUAUACGCACUUAAUAUAACAUGCAUGCGGAGCGUAUGCCCUGCACUUUUCUUUGUCCAGUUUUCAACUAUGCCAUCUUAUAUGGAAAAUAUAUUAGCGGCUACAAUCCUAUUAUUCCUGGCGAAGAGAUUAAACUAUGUCAAUGUUACAUUGGAAAAAGAAGCUAAGAGACUGAGACAUGAAAAUAUAUCGUUGGCGGCUUCCCAAUAUUAUCGAGACAAUGGACAGGACCAGGACAAGCUCGUACUUGCUAUACAUUACAUUUUGGACUCAUGGUCAGAUUGGAUUCGAUUAUUCCAGUUUCAGUUUAGGUUUAAUGUUGCAGAUAAACUACAGAAGAACGUCCAACACAUUUUAAUGCUGCUGGAAACCACGUCCACUUUUACAAUAUAUAAUAUUUACACGGUGGAUAAUCAUUUGCCUCUUCACAUCUUCGCCAUUACCGCAACUUACACUGUCAUUCUUCUUCAAUUUGCUACUUUAUAA